AUGGCUCAAAAAAUACCCGUAGACCUCUCCGUCUAUUUAGUCACAGACUCUACUCCUGCAAUUCUCAAAGGCCGGGAUAUCUGCGCUGUCGUGGAGGAGGCUCUUAAAGGAGGAGUAACUAUCGUCCAGUACAGAGAUAAGAAAAGUGACACGGCUGUCCAGGUCGAGACGGCCAAGAAGCUGCACAGGAUUACUCGCGCUUAUAAUGUGCCGUUGCUGAUCAAUGAUCGGGUGGAUGUUGCUCUUGCGGCUGGUGUCGAGGGGGUCCAUUUGGGGCAGGAUGAUAUGCUCAUUACUGAGGCCAAAAAGAUCCUCUCUGAAAAUGCCAUCAUUGGCAUCAGCGCUGCUUCCAUCGAGGAAGCCCAGGCGGCCAUCGACGCUGGUGCUGAUUACCUCGGGAUAGGAACUAUGUUUGCGACACCAACCAAAACCAACACAAAACACAUCAUCGGCACCGCCGGAACUCAGGCCAUCCUCGAUGCCAUCUCCGAAACCGGCAGCUCCGUUGGCACCGUCUCAAUUGGCGGGAUCAACCUGUCCAAUGUUCAGCGCGUUUUGUACCAGUCUCAGGCCCCCAAAAAGGGACUUGAUGGCGUCGCCAUCGUCAGUGCUAUCAUGGCGGCAGAUGACCCGAAAGCCGCUGCUGAAGACUUCGCAAAGCGGAUCAAGGCUGCAGCACCUUUUGCUACGCUUUCAAAGGCCCCGAGAACGGAUGAAGCAGCUUCGUUGCUGGGUGAGGUGCCGGGAGUUGUGCGUGAAGUUGUCAAGGCGCACCCUUUGGUGCAUAACAUGAUUAACUAUGUUGUGGCUAACUUUGUUGCCAAUGUCAUUCUUUCUAUGGGCGCAUCACCUAUUAUGUCCCCAUACGGUGACGAAGCCGUGGACAUCGCACAAUUCGACGGCGCUCUAGUUAUCAACAUGGGCACUCUCACUAGCGAAAGCAUUCCCAACAACCUUAAAGCCAUGAAAGACUACAACGAGCGCGGCAACCCGGUCGUGUACGACCCUGUGGGCGCAGCUGCUACUCAAAUCCGCCGUAAUGCAGUCAAAACGCUCAUGGCAGGAGGAUACUUUGACCUCAUCAAGGGCAACGAAGGGGAAAUCAAGCAUAUUUCGGGAAGUGCGGCAACACAACGCGGAGUUGAUAGUGGGCCUAGCAGUCUCAACGGUGAACAGAAGGCCGCCUUGGUUCGGGAUCUGGCACGGAGGGAGCGAAACAUUAUCCUCAUGACAGGAACUGUCGACUACCUCAGCGACGGCGAACGCGUGAUCGCAAUUGAAAACGGCCACGAACUCCUUGGCCAGGUCACCGGAACCGGCUGCGCAAUCGGCUCCAUCUCCGGCUGCUUCCUAGCGACCCACCGCUCCGACAAACUCCUUGCCGUUCUCUCCGGCCUCCUGAUGUACGAAAUCGCAGCCGAGAACGCCGCGGCUAAGGAAUACGUCUGCGGACCGGGAAGCUUUGUCCCUGCUUUCUUGGAUGAGCUUUACAGUAUCCGUCAAGCGGCGUUGAAGGGCGAUGAUAGCUGGCUUGAUAGACGGGGGAAGAUUCGGGAGAUUAAGGUGUAA